AGAUGCUCAACAAGGAAAAAGAAGGAAAAAGAGAGGCCGAUUAACAAGGAAAAAGAAGAAAAAUGUUUAAUCCGCCAAAAUAACUAAUGUAAAAACCCAAAAUCAGUGCAAAAGGAAAAGCGACGACUACUUUACCAAUACAUAUGACUUCACCUGUAAUUAAAAGCAUUCGCCAGCUCUGGGCCCACAGUUGCCAUUCUUCCUUCAUAGGUGUCACUCUCAUGUUUUGCAUGGCUGCUGCACACACCGCUUCCUUCAAUGCUUCUAUAUAUUAUACUUUCCAACCCAAACACACAUCACUGUGUGAAUUUCACAAUGGCUUUUCCUGGCUUUCCUUUUCGUUUGAUUUUCUUGGUGCUGCUUUUGGCGGCGGCGGCGGCGACGCUGCCUUCUGAAGCCAGAGGUGGAAGGCGGCGAUACCCAUGGGAUCCAAUUAUCCGGUGGCCGUCGGACCACCCUCAGAAGGAGGAGGAGGACGGUACCAGAUGGGCGGUUCUGGUGGCCGGUUCUAACGGAUUUGGGAAUUAUCGACAUCAGGCUGAUGUUUGUCACGCGUACCAAAUACUCAAAAAGGGAGGCGUGAAAGACGAGAACAUUAUCGUUUUCAUGUAUGACGACAUUGCAAUGAACGAUUUAAAUCCACGUAAAGGAGUUCUAAUCAACCAUCCUAACGGUGAAGAUGUCUACGCAGGUGUUCCAAAGGACUACACUGGAGAGCAAGUUACUGCAGAGAACUUUUAUGCAGUGAUAUUAGGUGACAAAAGCGCUUUAAAAGGCGGAAGCGGGAAAGUUGUUGAUAGCAAGCCAGGUGACCGGAUAUUUAUUUAUUAUUCCGAUCAUGGCGGCCCUGGAGUUCUUGGAAUGCCAAACAUGCCUUACCUGUACGGCAAAGACUUCAUCGAAGUUCUGAAAAAGAAGCACUCAUCUGGCACCUACAAAGAGAUGGUUAUAUAUAUAGAAGCGUGUGAGAGUGGAAGUGUGUUCGAGGGUUUAAUGCCGGAUAAUCUGAACAUAUACGUGACGACAGCAUCGAAUGCGGAAGAAAGUAGUUGGGGUACAUAUUGCCCCGGAAUGGAUCCUCCGCCACCCCCAGAGUACAUUACAUGUUUAGGUGAUUUAUAUAGUGUCGCUUGGAUGGAGGAUAGUGAGUCUCAUAACCUCAAGAGGGAGACUAUAGAGCAGCAAUAUGAUCAGGUGAAGGAACGAACUUCGAACUAUAAUACAUACAAUGCUGGAUCUCAUGUAAUGGAAUACGGAAACACGAGUUUCAAAUGGGAGAAGCUCUAUUUGUACCAAGGCUUUGAUCCCGCAACGGAGAAUCUUCCUCCAAACGGAAUCAAAGUCAAAGAACGCAUGGACGUGGUCAACCAGCGGGAUGCAGAUGUUCUCUUUCUAUGGGAAAGGUACAAAAAAAUGGAGGAUGGUACAAAAGCGAAAGCAGAAUUUUUGAAGGUGAUAACAGAGACGAUGCUGCACAGAGAACAUUUAGAUGGGAGUGUUGAUAUUAUUGGUCUAGCUUUAUUUGGUCCGGAUAAGGGUCCGUCUAUUCUUAAAACCGUAAGAAGACGAGGUUUGCCCCUUGCCGAUGACUGGGAUUGUUUGAAGUCAACUGUUCGGUUAUUUGAGGCGCAUUGUGGUUCGUUGACGCAGUAUGGAAUGAAACACAUGAGGGCGUUUGCAAAUAUAUGCAAUUCGGGGGUCCCGCUAUCCCGUAUCGAGGAAGCUUGUAUGGCUGCAUGUGGUGGCCGUGACAUUGCGAAAUGGAGUCCUUUAAAUAGAGGUUACAGUGCCUAAAUAAUACUGUUAUUUUGAUUGUGCGCUGUGUGUGUGUGUGUUGUACUAAUUUACGGUGUAAACAGGGAAGACGGAUUGUACAAGUAAAACGUAUGCUUCAAUCUAUAUUUUUAAUGUUGUUUGAUUUAUAA